UGUUCAUAUACCUAAUUCCUAGCCACAGACUGAUCAUUUCGAGCUUUGAAGCACAACAAAAAGUACCUCUCUCUCUCUCUUUAUUUUCCAAUUCUUUGAAUACUGAAACUCAUAAGCACCUUGAUCAACAUAUAUAUUAUUCCAUUUCCACAAGAUCAAUGGAGGAGCAACAGAAGGAGCUGCACUUUCUACCUAAUCAUCCAAAUGCCGCAGCUUCCUCUUCUUGGCCAUUAGAUUCCUCGGCAAACUAUAAUAUCCGAUCAUCAGAAUCAACAGAAGCUCCAUCUUUGGACCUUCAACUUUCAAUUAGCGUAAGACCUAUAAAACCACCAACAUCAGAUCAAGGUGUCCUAAUAAGACCAGUAAAUCAUCAUCAGGAUCACUACAGCGACGUCCGGUUCGACUCCGGCUACGUUGAGGCACUGAAAUGGCAAGCUGCCGAGCAAAUCCGGUUGGCUGCAAUAGAGAAAGCUUAUGCUGAACGUGUGAGAGAGCUAACUAGGCGAGAGAUAGAAAUGGCUCAGUCAGAAUUCGCACGUGCGAGGAGUAUGUGGGAGAGAGCUAAAGAGGAAGUUGAAAGGGCAGAAAAGUUGAAAGAGAGAGCAACUCGUAGGAUUGAUCCUACUAAUUGCAUGGAAGUUACUUGCCAAUCUUGCAGUCAAAAAUUCCGACCUCAUUAAUCUAUAUUUAUGAGGAACAAAUAAAUAGUAGGAUAAGAUGUUAAUUAAUGAACGUGCUUUCUAAUAAUUAAGAGUAAUUAAUAUAAUUUGUGUUUUAAGGGUUUUGGCUGAGGAAAGAUAAAAGAGCUGAUGGUAAAUGAUGUGUAGAAUGCAUUCUUUUCCUGUGAUUGGAACUGCAAAACUUAAGUGGAAUAAUUGUAUGAUUUUUUUGUUU